AGAAAUAGAUUAUCUUCAAUAUGGUUCGUAUAAUGAUUGUGACAAUCGUAAUGAAUGUGAUCUGUAUAAUGAUCAUGAUGAUCGAAACGAAUGUAAUGAUUAUGACAAAUGUGAUUUGUGUAAUGAUCGUAAUGAUCAUAAUGAUCGUAAUAAACGUGAUGAUUGUGAACUAUAA